CCCCCGAGAGGAGAGAGGAGCAGAGGACGCGCGCGAGCACGGAGCGGGAGGACGGACAGGGAGAGGAGGAGAGGGGGUCUGCGCGCGGCCGCUACCCAGAAGCCAGCGGACGGCAGCACGGAGUGGGCUGUCCCCGAGCCCAGCCCCGAGCGAGCCCCCGCCCCCGCCCCCGCAGGACGCGCCUCCCAGCCCGCCCGACUCCUAGGAGGAGGGGAGGCGGGAAAGCAGCUCAAGCCUCACCCACCGCCCUGCCCCCAGCCCCGCCACUCCCAGGCUCCUCGGGACUCGGCGGGUCCUCCUGGGAGUCUCGGAGGGGACCGGCUGUGCAGGUUUGGGCCUUGACGUGGCUGUGGAUGCAGUCGUUCUGACCCCUGGUGGCCGAGAGGUGAAGUGCAGUGGCGGCUGCUUGCUCAAGGCCGGAGGAAGACGCCAUGGAGUUGGUGCUGGUCUUCCUCUGCAGCCUGCUGGCCCCCACGGUCCUGGCCAGUGCUGAAAAGGAGAAGGAAAUGGACCCUUUUCAUUAUGAUUACCAGACCCUGAGGAUUGGGGGACUGGUGUUCGCUGUGGUCCUCUUCUCGGUUGGGAUCCUCCUUAUCCUAAGUCGCAGGUGCAAGUGCAGUUUCAAUCAGAAGCCCCGGGCCCCAGGAGAUGAGGAAGCCCAGGUGGAGAACCUCAUCACCGCCAAUGCAACAGAGCCCCAGAAAGCAGAGAACUGAAGUGCAGCCAUCAGGUGGAAGCCUCUGGAACCUGAGGCCGCUGCUUGAACCUUUGGAUGCAAAUGUCGAUGCUUAAGAAAACCGGCCUCUUCAGCAACAGCCCUUUCCCCAGGAGAAGCCAAGAACUUGUGUGUCCCCCACCCUAUCCCCUCUAACACCAUUCCUCCACCUGAUGAUGCAACUAACACUUGCCUCCCCACUGCAGCCUGCGGUCCUGCCCACCUCCUGUGAUGUGUCUGUGUGUGUGUGUGUGUGAGUGUGUGUGUUUGCUAACUGUGGUCUUUGUGGCUACUUGUUCGUGGAUGGUAUUGUGUUUGUUAGUGAACUGUGGACUCGCUUUCCCAGGCAGGGGCUGAGCCACAUGGCCAUCUGCUCCUCCCUGCCCCCGUGGCCCUCCAUCACCUUCUGCUCCUAGGAGGCUGCUUGUUGCCCGAGACCAGCCCCCUCCCCUGAUUUAGGGAUGCGUAGGGUAAGAGCACGGGCAGUGGUCUUCAAUCGUCUUGGGACCUGGGAAGGUUUGCAGCACUUUGUCAUCAUUCUUCAUGGACUCCUUUCACUCCUUUAACAAAAACCUUGCUUCCUUAUCCCACCUGAUCCCAGUCUGAAGGUCUCUUAGCAACUGGAGAUACAAAGCAAGGAGCUGGUGAGCCCAGCGUUGACGUCAGGCAGGCUAUGCCCUUCCGUGGUUAAUUUCUUCCCAGGGGCUUCCACGAGGAGUCCCCAUCUGCCCCGCCCCUUCACAGAGCGCCUGGGGAUUCCAGGCCCAGGGCUUCUACUCUGCCCCUGGGGAAUGUGUCCCCUGCAUAUCUUCUCAGCAAUAACCCCAUGGGCUCUGGGACCCUACCCCUUCCAACCUUCCCUGCUUCUGAGACUUCAAUCUACAGCCUAGCUCAUCCAGAUGCAGACUCCAGUCCCUGCAAUUGGGUCUCUGGCAGGCAAUAGCUGAAGGACUCCUGUUCCGUUGGGGCCAGCACACCGGGAUGGAUGGAGGGAGAGCAGAGGCCUUUGCUUCUCUGCCCACGUCCCCUUAGAUGGGCAGCAGAGGCAACUCCCACAUCCUUUGCUCUGCCUGUCGGUGGUCAGAGUGGUGAGCGAGGUGGGUUGGAGACUCAGCAGGCUCCGUGCAGCCCUUGGGAACAGUGAGAGGUUGAAGGUCAUAACGAGAGUGGGAACUCAACCCAGAUCCCGCCCCUCCUGUCCUCUGUGUUCCCGCGGAAACCAACCAAACCAUGCGCUGUGACACAUUGCUGUUCUCUGUAUCGUGAUCUAUCCUCAACAACAACAGAAAAAAGGAAUAAAAUAUCCUUUGUUUCCUA